AUGGGACGGGAAGCGCAGGACAAGCGCAAGAAGCAGUGGAUGGGCGGCCGCGACGGCACCAGUAAGCGCCAUCGGGGAGCGUUAGGUGCUGCUGCGAACGCGAAAGGGCACGGCGCAGUGCUCGUGACGUGCGACAAGAUCCGAGAGCGACAGAGCGUCAGUGACGCGCUCAAUAUUCUGAACGAAGUGGCCGACCGGUUCUUCCCAUUGGCAGAAGACACAACGCAGGAAGGAGACGAGCACGAAACGGAGGAGAAGAGCGACUCGGUGCAGAAGAAGCUGCAAGAGGAGAUUGAAGCCGUGCAGACGCAGGCAAUUAAGCGCCAGACGGGCAGGUUCACGCCUCUGGACACGGGAGUCAAAGGCGCGGUGCUAAUUCAGGUGAAGGAUGACCGUUUGUCUCCUACCGCUCUUGUCGGCAAGAUCCUUGAGCAGGUCGAGCACUCGAAGGACUUUGCGUCGAGGUUCAUCAUGCGCAUGAUCCCGUUGGAGAAGGUCGGCUACUCGAGUGUGGAGGCGAUCAAGGAGCUCGCUGCUCCGAUGAUCAAAGCGCAUGUGGCAGCUUAUGCUGAGGAGCAAACGGCUGCCGGGACGGACGAGCCGCUUGAGUUUGCAGUGGAGUUCAAGCGACGCAAUUGCACGAACCUCAACAGUAUGGACGUCAUCGAUGCGCUCGUCGAGCUGGUGGGAGAAGACAAGACGAAAGUGAACUUGACGACGCCUCGCUCAGUUUUGCUGGUGGAGGUCUUUCGGAACACGUGCGGGUUCAGCAUCUUGACGGACUUCCAUCGCUUUCGAAAGUACAAUGUGCGCUCGAUGAUUGAUCCUCCUGAAUCCGGCCAGCAAACCGCCAAGAAAGGAGCAAAGACCGAUGGUAAGCCAGAGGAAAAGGAUACUGCUGCCGACGCCAAGGACUGUGUGAAGGAGGCAGAAGAGAAAAACGAUUCAAGUGCCGAGACGACAGCGGAUAAUGCAUCAUAA